GAGGGACGCAUCACGCAGGGGUGGGGAAGCAGGAUCCGUGCGCAGGGUUGCUAAGGGUGAAACUUUUCAUUGACUUUGCUCACUUCGGGCCGGGGCGCGGGAAGGUGCGGGUCCUCGCCGGAGAGAAGCGAGUGGUUUGGGCGACGCGGGGCCAGAAGGGCAGGACCGCCCGCGAUACGAGCCGCCCUCCGGUCCGACAUCCCCGCGCCGUCGCCGCCGGCCGGCCCGCCCGCCCGCCUUCCGUCCCCUCUCCGCCGAGCCUGACCUCCAAAAAGCUGAAAGAAUUAUUAUUGAGAGUCAUAGCCCCAAACUCCCUCACUUGCCCCCCCCAACCCUCAACGAAGAAAAGGACCCAUCAGCCUCCUGUCCAGCAGCGCCCAGAAAGGAAGAGCGACAUCCGCCCCGCGCCCAGGACCACCCUGGAGGAAGAAGCCAACCAGCCACCGCGGAGACCCGAAGCUGUCUGGAGCCCAAGGCUGCCUACCUUCCAUCACCUGCCACUGCCCUGGGCUUGCAUACACGUGCCCGAAGCUGAUCUGCCACCUCGGAGGGGACCAUGCAGCUGGAGAUCAAAGUGGCUCUGAACUUUAUCAUCUCCUACUUGUACAACAAACUGCCCCGGCGCCGGGCAGACCUGUUCGGGGAGGAGCUGGAGCGGCUCCUGAAAAAGAAAUACGAAGGCCACUGGUACCCCGACAAGCCCCUGAAGGGCUCUGGCUUCCGCUGUGUUCACAUCGGGGAGCUCGUGGACCCCGUGGUGGAGCUGGCGGCCCGGCGGAGUGGCCUGGCCGUGGAGGAUGUGCGGGCCAACGUGCCUGAGGAGCUGAGCGUCUGGAUUGACCCGUUCGAAGUGUCCUACCAGAUCGGCGAGAAGGGGGCAGUGAAAGUGCUGUACCUGGAUGACAGCGAGGGCUGUGUCGCCCCAGAGCUGGACAAGGAGUUCAAGAGCAGUUUCAACCCCGAUGCACAGGUCUUCGUGCCCAUCGGCAGCCAGGACAGCUCCUUGUCCAACUCCCCGUCGCCGUCGUUCGGCCAGUCGCCCAGCCCCACCUUCAUCCCCCGCUCUGCCCAGCCCAUCACCUUCACCACCGCCUCCUUCGCGGCCACCAAGUUUGGCUCCACCAAGAUGAAGAAGGGGGGAGGUGCCGCGAGUGGUGGUGGGGUGACGGGCGGCGGGGCCAGUGGCCCCCAGCCUCCCCAGCCGCAGCCCCGCCUGGCCCGCUCCCCCACCAGCAGCCUGCUGAAGCACAAGAGCCUGUCUCUGUCCCUGCACUCGCUGAACUUCAUGGCGGCCACCCCGGCCCCUCAGUCCCAGCUCUCCCCCAAUGCCAAGGAGUUCGUGUACAAUGGCGGGGCCUCCCCUAGCCUCUUCUUCGAUGGGGCCGACAGUGGGGCCAGCGGGGCCGGCUCAUGCAACAGCAGCAGCUUAGACGUGGCCCAGGUGUUUGGGGGCGGUGCCAACAGCCUCUUCCUGGAGAAGACACCCUUCGUGGAAGGCCUCAGCUACAACCUGAACACCAUGCAGUAUCCCAGCCAGCCCUUCCAGCCCGUCGUGCUGGCCAACUGACCACCCGCGACCACAGAAAAGAGAAAGGAAAAGAAAGGCCAAAAAAAGAGGAAAAGAAAAAUACACAAAAAGAUUUCCAGUCUUCUCACUCUGGCUUCUAG